UCUUCUCAUGAGAUGCAAUUGAUAACGUCGUAGUAGCCCUCUCGCCAGUGCGCUUACUUGCGUAUUGCGCUCGGUUGUCUACGCCUACUAUCGCUAAUUUGUUAGGUAUAUCUGGUCAGUAGUGUCAUCUGGAUGACACUGGAUUACUAUGACUAGGUCUACCUCCUCUCCGAGGCACACCCAGCCAGACUCUUCAGCGCCUCCGUCCCAAUCCAUUCCUUUACAAGAUCUCGCGAGGCAACAACGUGAUGGCCAAUCGCAUAAUGGCGACCAGAGGGGGUCUCUAGCGGACCGCAAUCUACCGGAUGUCUCAACAUACUGGGAGGGUUAUCAUCACGAACACCACGAUGAUUCCGAGGCAGUGCCCCUUUCGCCGAUAGAUGCUGCCGCCUUGCAGUUCGCCCUUCCCCCGAGCCUCAACCGUGUCAAUCCCCCGCCGCCGGCAUUAUCUCGAACCGCACCGGCCGCACAUCCAUAUGCCCCCGAAACGCCUUAUUAUGACGAAACGGCUCAUGUGGAUUAUUUCGAGUCCGAUAGUUCGCCCUUGACGUCUGCUGCGCAGCCCAUCGCCGGCGCCUUAAACACCCCGCAAGGCGAAUCACAACCAAGAGACAGUUUCCAGACUGUCUCUGAUUUAGAUAGCUCCUCCCACCCCCGCGGACGAUCCGCCCAAAUGCUUGGGUUUGACUUGGAAACCGGAUAUGCGUCGGGAAAACACCGUAGCUAUGGGAACUCUCUUACCCCGGAUGACAAUCGCAUGUCGCGAAUGCCGGGAACUGCUGGCGCUUUACAUAGAGCUGGGUCCAUUGUUAGAGCCAUGUCUCAGCGUGUUGUUAAUAUUAGUGGUGAGGGGGAAACGUUCGAGCAACAGCAGCAAAGAAGACAGAGGUCGAGGUCGCCGAGUGCCGACGGUCGCAUGUCACCGAGCCAUCUUUCGAUUCAAAUUGGCGCCGACACGUCCUAUCAGUCCCAAGUUUAUGCCUCGCCCGUCGAAAAGAAAGGAGAGCCCGAAUGGACCAUGUCGGAACCGCCUUUACCUCCUCGUCGUGGAGCCCCAAUGCCAAAUCCGUUGAAAGGUCGUUCGCUAGGUAUAUUCGGCCCCGAUAAUGUUAUCCGAAGGAAACUUUGUGAUAUAUUGGUCAACCCGUAUAUGGAGCCAAUCUUGCUCAUAUUAAUUGUGCUCCAAGCCGUCCUGCUUGCCGUGGAGGCCGCGAAUAAUGUCAACGAUCCUGGGAAUGGGCGCCCUCCUCUCUGGGAUCCCGCCUCAGGAAUUAAUUGGGCAAUACUAAUACUCUUCAUUAUUUUCACGUUAGAAACAAUAUCUCGCAUCAUUGUAUCGGGUUUUGUUUUAAAUGCUGCGGAGUAUAGUACUAUCGAUCGAAAAAAGGGAAUUCGAGCUGCCAUAUCCGACCAAUACAAUGCAGUUUUCCGCCCACAGCGCCAGAAGUCGGUGAAAACCCCUCGCGAACAGGCUUAUGGCCCCUCUACGUUCGCCCGAUCUUUCACAAUGAUGCAUGGUAGCAUACCGGAGACGGUCGAAGAGCAGCAGAGAAUGCAACUAGCCCGCCGAGCUUUCUUAAGGCACGGUUUCAACAGGCUGGAUUUCAUAGCAGUCGUGUCCUUCUGGAUAGCUUUCGUCCUUAGUAUUACAGGGAUUGAAAUGCAGAAGCAUCUAUUCAUCUUCCGAAUGCUCAGUUGUCUUCGGAUCGUUCGGCUGCUUGCUCUUACAAAUGGAACCGCGAUAAUAUUGCGGAGUUUAAAGAAAGCGGCACCAUUGCUCGUCCGAGUAUCCUUCCUUAUCGGAUUCUUCUGGCUUUUGUUUGCUAUCAUAGGUGUACAGAGCUUCAAGGCCAGCUUAGACCGGUCAUGUGUUUGGGUAGACCCGACACAGCCUACCAAUUUCUCAGCCACCUACACCAACGAAUUAAUCUUCUGCGGUGGACACCUCGAUGAAAAUGGCACAGAAAGACCUUGGGUUAAGAGUCCGUUCCCAAACUCAUUACUCAACUUAGAGAGUCCAUCAUCAACCGCUAAGGGUUACAUUUGUCCGCGGAAUUCCAUUUGUCUCGAACAGUCAAGCCCAUUUAACAACACUGUUAAUUUCGACAACAUCAUCAACUCACUAGAACUGGUUUUCGUCAUUAUGAGUGCCAACACAUGGUCUGACCUCAUGUACUACCUCACCUACGCCGAAUUCCUUCCUGCGGCUCUUUUCUUUGGUGCUGGUAUCAUGAUCAUGAUGCUGUGGUUGACUAAUUUAUUGAUCGCCGUCAUUACUUCGUCGUUUCAGGUGAUUCGGGAAGAGAGCAAGGCUAGCGCUUUCGCAGCGGAUGAAGAUUUACAAGUCACUGGUUUACAAGAACAAGGACUGCGUAGAGUUUCAACGCUACAGAAAAUUUAUGAUAAGACAUGGUUAUUCUGGGUGCUACUCAUUGCGUACGAGCUUUUCUGCCAGGCUUGGCGAAGCGCAAAUAUGUCAACGACACGAGAAGUAUUUAUUCUUAUAAACAGCAUUGUGGUCACAGUUCUAUUGGACAUUGAGAUUGGUAUCAGAUUCGCGGCGAACUGGAGAGCCUUCCACCGAAACACUCGCAAUCUAUUCGACGCUUUUCUAGCAGUGGCAAACACAAUAAUAAUCCUACCGCCAAUUCUAUUUAGCGGUCAACCCUACGCAUGGUUGACACUGUUUCAAAUUCUUCGGUCGUAUCGUGUCGUCAUGGCUCUACCGAUAACAAGAAAAUUGAUCGUGUUGGUUCUCGGAAAUGCCACUGGUAUUGCAAAUCUUAUUGUCUUUGUGUUUUUGAUCACGUUCAUCAUGGCAAUUUUCGCAGUCCAGCUGUUUAGAGGGGAGAUACCGCAGACGGACGACGGCGGCGAGUUGAUCAGGAUAUCAUUUUAUAAUAUCUUCAAUUCGUUCCUCGGUAUGUACCAAAUCCUCUCCAGCGAGAAUUGGACUAGUAUCCUCUACGAUGUAACGUCUUAUACUACGGGUUACCACACAUCCUGGUAUGGCGCAAUGUUCCUUAUCGGCUGGUUUAUCCUUGCAUACUUCAUUCUCGUCAAUAUGUUCAUUGCUGUCAUUCAAGAAAAUUUCGACGUAUCAGAGGACGAGAAACGGCUCGAGCAAGUUAAAGCAUUCUUGCAGCGUAAGGAAUUGGGUAGCAGUGCAAACACCAACAUCACUCUCUCGGAUAUUUUCUCCUUAGGCAAGUCCAAAGCCAGAGAUCCGUUGGACUACGGUCCAGCAACGAUGGAAAUGUUACUGAAGGAUGCUGUUGUGCGGGAAUUCCUAGACGAUACACUGGACCCAUUGCACCAGCAAUCCACCAAUAGCCCGUCACCUAAUGAGGGAGCUGUUGGCGGUGGUGUCCGACCUGGUGUUCUAUCGACUAUAUGGGGUAGGAUCCGAGGCAUGUUCACCAGCCGAGAACCAAAUCCUUUCUAUUCUAACAAACAGUCUAACGAGGCGCUGGAUCCCCGAGUGAUGGCUCUCAAGGCCGUAUCAGGUUAUUCAGAACGCCGUAAAGCACAGCGAGAGUAUCUUGCCCGCCACCCAACGUAUAACAACUCACUCUAUAUAUUUACGCCGAGGAAUCCUAUUCGACGCCUUUGCCAACGCCUUGUCGGCCCGGGAAGGGGCAGCGAACGGUUUGACGGCGCGGCUCCAAACAGGAUUGCUUGGUAUGCAUUCACCGUAUUCAUUUAUGCGGCUAUUAUCGCCAUGGUGGUUCUAGCUUGUGUGACGACUCCUUUAUAUCAAAAAGAGUACCUUGAGACACACAAUGGGGAGAACCGAUACAAGAGUUGGUUUGUCUGGGUCGACCUAGGGUUUUCAAUACUUUUCACAGUCGAAGCCGGCAUCAAGAUCAUCGCUGACGGCCUGUUCUUCACCCCAAACGCAUACUACAGAAGUUCAUGGGGUAUCAUAGACGGCGUCGUUCUCAUCACCCUAUGGAUCAAUGUAGUUACCCUUAUUGCCAGGGAUGGAGCCGUUUCCAGAGUGAUUGGCGCUUUCAAGGCGCUCAGGGCUCUUCGUCUGCUCAAUAUUAGCAACAGCGCUAGAGACACCUUCCAUUCCUUAAUCAUAGUGGCUGGGUGGAAGAUCAUUAGUGCUGCGCUAGUCUCGUUAUCCUUGUUGAUUCCGUUCGCUAUUUACGCCGUGAAUUUGUUCCAUGGGCAACUUUUAGAAUGCAAUGAUGGAAGUCUUACUCGUCUAGCGGACUGCUUCGGUGAAUACGAAAGCUCUCCAUCCAACCCGAACUGGCCGCUGCUGGCUCCACGCGUUGCAGACAAUCCGUAUUUCAAAUUUGAUGAUUUUGCUUCGUCCCUCUUCAUCCUUUUCCAGAUUGUAUCUCAAGAAGGUUGGGUUGAUGUUUCAUUUGCUGCUCAAGCAAUUACCGGCCGCGACCUCCAACCCCAACCAAUGGCAACGCAAGGCAAUGCUAUGUUCUUCGUAGUAUUCAAUUUGCUCGGUACCGUCUUCGUGUUGACCCUAUUCAUCUCUGUGUUCAUGCGAAACUACACAGAACAAACGGGUGUCGCAUUCCUGACGGCGGAGCAGAGAUCGUGGGUCGAGCUUAGAAAGCUGCUCCGUCAGAUCUCGCCGUCCAGGAGCUCUUACGACGACUCCAGAAAUAAGUGGAAGAAAUGGUGCCACAAGCGAGCCAUUGAGAAACGAGGCAAAUGGUAUACGGGAAUAACGGUGGUACUUGUCCUACAUCUAAUACUCUUGAUGUUGGAAUACUAUCCCGAACCAUCUCAAUGGUCUCUCUCUCGGGAUCUCGUCUUCUUACUAUUUACACUUAUCUAUAUCGCAAACGUUGUCAUCCGAAUUGUCGGUCUUGGUUGGAAGCGGUUUAGAAGAAGCUCUUGGGAUGUCUUCUCUCUAUUAUCUGUCUUUGGCGCCUUCGUGACCUCUGUUCUUCUUAUCAGCAAGACGGAGAAUCAAACGUUCAUCCAGCUACACAAGUACUUCCUCGUCAGCAUUGUUUUGCUUCUCAUUCCUAGAAAUGACGCACUCGACCAGCUUUUCAAGACGGCGGCGGCAAGUUUGACAACGAUCGUCAACUUACUUGCCACGUGGCUAGUAUUCUUCUUAGUCUUUGCGAUAGCAUUGACUCAAACUUUCAGUCUGACUCGCUUUGGAGAAAAUGAGAGUUUCAACAUCAACUUCAGGACAGUUCCAAAUGCCCUCAUUCUCCUUUUUCGUAUGAGUGUGGGUGAAGGUUGGAACCAAAUCAUGGAAGACUACGCAAAUAUCGAACCGCCGCUCUGCGUUGAUGAUUCCGAAUUCCUCAACAGCGAUUGCGGCAGCACUAAUUGGGCCAGAUGCCUGUUCAUCGCCUGGAACAUCAUCAGCAUGUAUAUCUUCGUCAAUCUUUUCAUCUCUCUUAUCUAUGAGAGUUUCAGUUAUGUGUACCAACGCUCGAGCGGAAUGGCACAGAUUGACCGAGAUGAGCUCCGGAGAUUCAAGGAGGCAUGGCGUAGUGUCGAUCCCACCGGUACGGGGUAUAUCAGUAAGGAAGCUUUCCCAAGGCUAUUAGGAGAGUUAUCUGGUAUAUUUGAAAUGCGGAUUUACGACAUAGAAGACUCUGUCCAUCAGAUUCUAGAUGACGUCCGGAAUGAUGAGACGAGGUCCAUGAGGCACUCAUCGAUCGCUACAGCAAGCAACCUUAGUGGGGUAGAUAUUCGAAAGCUGAACCAGAGGCUCGCUCAAAUUGACGUCCGAAAAGUCCAAGAACGCCGGCGCAGAUUCAAUAUCUUUUAUGAGGAGGUAAUGGUAUCCGCGACUCCUGGCGAAGGUAUUGCUUUCACGACAGUUCUUUUGAUCAUGGCGCACUAUAAGAUCAUUAACGACAGCAAAAGCUUAAAGCUUGAGGAGUUCUUACGACGUCGUGCGCGCCUGCAACGAGUCGAGGAGGAAGUUCGCCGUCGAGUUGUCGUCAAUUUCUUCGACACAGUUUACUGGUCUCGGAAGUUCAAGAAGCACAUGGAAAGGAAGCGAGCUGCACGGAUGACAGCGAUUCCUCAAUUAGAUGUGCCCGACAUCUUUGUGGACGACGAAGAUGAUCGCAAACGAGCAGUACAACAACGCACGACAAUGGCGGCUCCGCCAAAUAGUGCUACGGCAUCGAACUUCCUCGCCGUAUCUGACGCCGCACGACCACAGCAUAGGAGCUGGGCUUCCGGCACUGAUAUAUCAACGUAUGACUCUUCACAAGUACAUCCCUUAAGUCUACCACGCGCGAGCCCGUCAAUGCCUGGGCACCGGUCACAGUCUUCGGCUAUGAGCUUUGAACUGCAGCCCGAACCCGGAACGGGUUCUGGCGAAAACAGCAGGCGCGGUAGCUCAGUAAGCCCCUCCCAGGUUAGAGAGUUGCUUGAUGACUCUGUUUGGGUUGAAAGCAUCAGACGCAGUGCAACAAUCAGAAGAUCAGUACGACGUUCCGACUGGAGCGGUCCCAGAUAAGACCGUCAUAUACCUCAACGCGAGUCACAUUCAUCACAUAAUGAAAUAAUGCGGGAAUUGGUAAGGGGGGAGCAUGGUCAGGGUCCCCCUAAGGAAUCUGUAAGACAUUUCAUAUGUCGAUAGAUUCAGAGUCAAGGAGACUUGUACAAUGGGUUCGGAACAAAUGGGGGAACGACUUGGAUGAGGGUAAUAGGCGUUUGCGGCAUUUAAAGGAGUUUUGAUUCAGCAGGAUCGUCGUCUAUACCAUGCAUCAGCGAAUUUUGUUUGUUGCUUUUUAUCGCUACAUGUACUCUCAGCGAGACGGGUGUUUCCUUUUUUAGAUGCUGAUGUCCUAGAGCAUUAGAUGGACCAAGAUACCAAGAGCACUUUUGUACCUACCUAUUGUACCUACAUAGACGUCGGCUUUUAUAAUUGUCAGGAGUUUAGAAUCUGCUGCCAUAAUACGCGAGGUGAAUGCGGUAAUAUUGCCUAGAUGGUAUCCAGGCUGAAAUUCAUUUACCACUAUUUAUACAUACUCAAGACCUGAAUAGAGAAACUCCCAUACAGAAG